UCACUACAGUAUGCCACACCAUACAACAAAGAUGCACACCACAUUAUGUGCACAUGCAUCACUACGCAACAUUACACCAUAUACUACAUCACAGUAUGCCAUAGAGCAAACACCACACUAUGCCAUAGGGCAAACACCACAUUAUGCCACAUGGCAAACACCACAUUAUGCCACAGGGCAAACACCACACUAUGCCAUAGGGCAAACACCACACUAUGCCAUAGGGCCAACACCACAAUAUGCCACAUGGCAAACACCACAUUAUGCCACAGGGCAAACACCACACUAUGCCACAGGGCAAAUACCACACUAUGCCACAUGGCAAACACCACACUAUGCCACAGGGCAAAGCCACACUAUGCCACAUGGCAAACACCACACUAUGCCACAUGGCAAACACCACACUAUGCCAUAGAGCAAACACCACACUAUGCCACAGGGCAAACACCACACUAUGCCACAGGGCAAACACCACACUAUGCCACAGGGCAAACACCACACUAUGCCACAGGGCAAACACCACACUAUGCCACAGAGCAAACACCACACUAUACCACAAGGCAAACACCACACUAUGCCACAGGGCAAACACUACACUAUACCACAGGGCAAACACCACACUAUACCACAGGGCAAACACCACACUAUGCCACAGGGCAAACACCACACUAUGCCACAGGGCAAACACCACACUAUACCACAGGGCAAACACCACACUAUGCCACAGGGCAAACACCACACUAUGCCACAUGGCAAACACCACACUAUACCACAGGGCAAAACCUGUGGUAACUGA